CAGAGCCAUAUAACACGAGCUUGGGAACUAAACGUGGAUUCCGUGACGCGUUCGCGUUUGUACCGAUCAACGACGGACACCGUUUGCGGCGCUUUUUGCGUCUUGACGUAGAGGAACCACUUGCGCGUGAACGCUAUCAACGAACCACACCGUGGUUUCUGAAACGCGCUGACGUUCUUGCGCGUAUUGUACGCGCGCUCCUUGACGCUUUGUAACGUCGGUCGCGCGUGGUCCGACAAGAAGACUGGGCGGUGUAAAGUGGCGCAAAGUGACUUUUAUUGGUAAAGAUCACCUGGCUCGUGCGCUGCUGAUUUAAAUCUUCUCCUCUACUUGGAAUCCCAGCUCCGAGAUGAAAACCAACGCAAGCAAUGCGCUUCUUGUGAAGGCGCUGCUCACGCUUGGCACGUGGACUUAUGCGGUUCUUUGUCAGUGCCCACACGGCUGGUGGUCUAACGAGGACAGAUGUUACUACUUCUCCAAUGUUAAGAAGACAUGGGACGAGGCUCAGAAGGACUGUAUCGACAUGAAUAGCAACCUGACAAGCGUUCUAGACAUCCAUGAAAGGGCAUGGCUGAUUACCCAAAUCAAAGAGGAAACAUUCUGGCUCGGACUGCAGAGCACAAACGGAACACAUUUGUGGACAGACGGAAAACGUUAUAAUAAGCACUAUGGGUACUGGAGUCCUGAGUCGAACUUGUCCAACAAAUGCGGUGUGACUGAGGGCGACAACAACGGUCUCUGGUCCCACCACCAUUGCACCAAAAACAAGUAUAAGUACAUCUGCAAGCAAGACGCCCGUUACCAGAUGAUGCCAUGCGACCGUGCCAAUCGGUGGCGCGAGUACGGCUCCAACUGCUACAAGGUGGAAUCAUGUGGUAGCUGGUCUUCCUCUCAAAAGCGCUGCGCCCAGCAGGGCGGCGACCUAGUCUCUGUCUUUUCGGAUGAUGAGGCUCGCUACGUGAGCUUGGCGGUGGACGAGAAACACUACUGGAUUGGACUUUCCACACUGAAUUGCAACAAGAAGUGGUGUCAGUUUGACGAGACGGACGAGCACCUCAUGUGGUCUGACGGCUCCAGCGUCACCUACACCAAGUGGGCGAUAUGUCAGUCCCUUAAAUCUCCAGAAUUUGGUCAAUGCACGGUUGGCACCAAGGAGGGCACAUGGAGAAAAGGCGCCUGCUCCUACCAUGUCGCCUCCAUGUGCAAACGGCCUAUACAGACUCGAUGUCCCAAUGGAUGGAGGCGUUUCUCCGGAAGCUGCUACCGGGUGGAAAAGCAGCCUGCAACCUGGCAGGAAGCCUUUGACAGCUGCACCGGUUUCGGUGCACACCUGGUCAUGAUCACCAGCCAAAGCGAACAAGCCUUUGUCAAUGAAAUACUGGUGGAGUUAAAACUAGCGGGUGUGCCCGACAUCUGGAUCGGUUUAUCAGAUAAGGACCAAGAUGGAACAUUUCGCUGGGUGGACAAAACGAUCUCUUGGUACAAGAACUAUGGACUGGGUUGGCCAAAAAACACCCCUGACCUCUGGGACUGCGGGCAGAUCUACACAGGAAAUUCCAAAGCCAAAUGGCAAACGAGUAACUGCUUCAAGAAGUUGGCUUACGUUUGCGAGAUAACUGGAGGAUUAAACAGAAAACCCUGUCCUCCACCUUCCACCUGCGACAUCGGCGAAUUGCUCUACGGCGACUUUUGCUAUCAUUUUGAGGAGGAUAGCUUCAGAACAUGGCAGGAGGCCGAGAAGCACUGCAUCGCGAGGCAAAGUCACUUGGUCAGCUUCCAUUCAGCGAAAGAGGUGGACUUCAUAACUGCUCACUCACAUUUUGAGGUUAACUGGGUGGGACUCGAGAACUAUGGAAACCGGUUGGUGUUCACAGACGGAACAGAUGUGGACUACCUGCGGGUGGACGAAAAGCUGACGAGAAAGCCUGGUCACUGCUUUAACUUGAAUCAAGGACUAGUGACGGAAUCGGAAUGCAAUUCCUCAAAUUCCUUCAUCUGCAAAAGAGCCAAGGGUUCAGGACUUGCCGCUCUCCACCCGCCAACUUCAGGAGCAGGCUGGAACGAAAAGUGCGGCUGGUGGGCGGAAAACCCUUUUAACAACUUCUGCUAUCUGUUCAACCACCUGUACCCGAGGACCUGGGCUGAGGCGAGAACCGAUUGCGUCAACCAGGGCGGGGAGCUGCUCAGCAUUGCCGACCAUGCCGAACAGCUCCUAGUUAGAGUUAACAUUCAGGCUAGCGGAACCGAGAUUUCCCAGUGGGCCGGCGGCAACACAUUGGCCCCUAAAUACGGCUGGCAAUGGAGCGAUGGUUCUCCAUUCGUGUACACACACUGGAACACAAGACCUGAUGACCUCUACCGCCGCAGCUGUCUGUCCAUACGCGCUAACGACGGCGAAUGGAGUGCCAAAAACUGCAAUAGCAAGAGAGGUUACAUCUGCAAGAAGAGAGGCGCGACCACAGCACCCAACUUGACAACUGAUGAACUGAAAUGCUUGGGUAAUGACUGGUACAAGUGUGGGGAUUCCUGCUAUAAACCUAUUGAGGACAAAAUGGCAUGGGCCGACUCCAGGGAGGUCUGCAAGAAACUCCACGCUGAUGCGGAACUCGUGUCCAUCCUUUCCGAGAAGGAGCAGAGCUGCGCUUCCAACCUCGUCAACGCUGUCGCUGGCGACAUUUGGACUGGCCUGAAAAACGGGAACUUGCCCCAAGACUUGGAAUGGUCCGACGGGAGUAAAGUGACUUUCACUCACUGGGCCGCGGGUUUCCCUGAGAACGCCGCCAACCACUGCGUAACCCUGUUGCGCCAGACCGGCGCAUGGAAGGAGGAGUCCUGCAACAAACUCAACAGCUUCAUGUGCAAGAUGGCCGCCAAAACCGAGGCUUGAUUUAGGAUGCAAGAGCAAUGUCGUUAUGGGGAACUACUUUAACCCACUAGUAUUUAUUCAAUGUUUCCAUAUGUAAUCUCCAUUUACUCCAUAUUUAAUACAAGCAUUGUGUAUUGCAUGUGUAUUUGAAUAUUUAUCAAUAAAGAUU